GAAAUGGGAGGUAGAGAGAAUGGAUUACCUUUAAUUCAUGCCUGAAAAUGUGUUCUUUGGAUAAUUAAAGAGGAACUGCUUUCCUAAAACAUACCUGAUCUUUUAGUUUAUAUUGGUCUAUGACUCCCACCACCACCAUUAACCUCCAGAGUGAUUAGCCUACCCCUCUUGUAUUCCCAUGGAAGGAGCUGAUUAUAUUUAAUAUUAGGAGCACAUCCAGAAGCCUUUGAGGAGGGGGAUGGCUCUUCAUAUUCAUGAAGCUUGCAUACUUCUGUUGGUCAUCCUUGGAUUGGUCACCUCUGCUGCCAUCAGUCAUGAAGACUAUCCUGCUGAUGAAGGUGACCAGGCCUCCAGUAAUGACAAUCUGAUCUUUGAUGACUAUCGAGGGAAAGGGUGUGUGGAUGACAGCGGCUUUGUGUACAAGUUGGGAGAACGAUUUUUCCCAGGGCAUUCCAACUGUCCAUGUGUCUGUGCUCUGGAUGGACCUGUUUGUGAUCAGCCAGAAUGCCCUAAAAUUCACCCAAAGUGUACUAAAGUGGAACACAAUGGAUGCUGUCCUGAGUGCAAAGAAGUGAAAAACUUUUGUGAAUAUCAUGGGAAAAAUUACAAAAUCUUGGAGGAAUUUAAGCCCUCUCCAUGUGAAUGGUGUCGCUGUGAGCCCAGCAAUGAAGUUCACUGUGUUGUAGCAGACUGCGCAGUUCCUGAGUGUGUCAACCCAGUCUAUGAACCAGAACAAUGUUGUCCUGUCUGCAAAAAUGGUCCAAACUGCUUUGCAGGAACGACAAUAAUCCCGGCUGGCAUUGAAGUGAAAGUGGAUGAAUGUAACAUCUGUCACUGUCACAACGGGGACUGGUGGAAGCCUGCUCAGUGUUCAAAACGCGAAUGCCAAGGCAAGCAGACUGUGUAGGACAAAUUCCCAACCGAGGAGUUCUUAGGAUGCUAUGGAUUCUACACUGCACAUGUUUGAAACAAAACAAAACAAAACAAACACACUCCAGCCAGCUACAACAGGGUCACCAGCAAAACC